AGCACGUUAUUUGUUUAUCGCGUUUAUGGUCACCCAGUCGACUUUUGAAUUAAAUAUUCAAUACUUAUGUAAAAAGAGUAUAGUAAUAUUUCUUACACUUUGAAUUUAUCUUAGUAAGUAGAUUAUUCAUUCAUUUUGAUAUUUUUAAAUUGUUUUUAUCGUUUAUAACCUGUCUGAAAUAAUUUGCAGAUGGUUACGGAUAACAAAAAGUUCGAUAAAAUGUCGAACGAAAGUGAAAAUAAAACUACCGGUUUGUAUAAAAUUGCGGCAAAAAUAAUUAAAAUGGUGAAUACUGGAAAGAGCUAUAAAACUCAACUUUAUCAAGCACAAUAUCCGGUAAAAUAUUUUUUUUUCUUAUUAAUUACUUGUUUCCAUUAAUUUUAUCAUCCUACAGUUAUUUAAUUUUUUUCUUACAGAAUAAAUUAAUAUUAAAUGCUGUAUUGAUGAAUGUUUUUAAAUGGGAACCAGUAUUAAAUGUAUUGGUUGAAAAAACUAAUAUAUUGGAAAGAGAAUCUAAUAUGGAUCGCGAAUUAGUGUAUGUACUAAUUACCGAAUUGAUGUGGUCGAAAUUUGGAUUAAAAGGAAAAGCUAAAAAUGUGUUAGCAAUAAAAAAAUAUAAAGAUGAGUUUAAAAAACUCAUGAAAGAAAAUGAAUUGGAUAAAUUAACUUCUUCCAUUCCAAUCAAAGGUAAAUAAAUACAUUUAUUUGUCAAUAGUUAAGUAUAAUAAUACAAAUUAUAGUACAUACAAUUACCAAUCCAAUGUCAUUUUGACUUGGAAAUUUCUUUGUGCGCCAUUUUGAUGCAACUAUAUUUCAUCAUAAUUUUAUUAUAAUCGAUAAUUAUUAAUAUUGUUUUUUAUUAUAUUUAUACUUUUGUGAAUACCUGUAUACUGUAUAAUCAUUAGUCUAUAGCAGCGGUUCUCAACCUUUUUGAGACUAUUACCCAUAAAUUAGAUUAGAUUAGACAUUAUCAAAUACCUCUCCACCCCUACACACCAAAAAAGAGAAAAAAAACUAUUAUAAUCGUAAUACAUAUAUCUUUAUCGUACAUCAAUUACUGAUGUAGAAUUAAUAAUAAUAGGUAUAAAGUGCAUAAAAUAAAAAAAGAGCAGAUACUGGGGACGGAUGCAGUCACUGUUGUAGGUGGGAAGUUGGGAAGGUUGAGUACAUAAGGUUAUUUCAUUUAUAUCUGCAAGCAAAAAUAAACUAUUGUUGAUGAAAGACGAUUCCAAGUGCAGUUUGGUAAUAAAUAAUUUGAAGUGCUAUAAUUUUUUUUUGUGAUUUUUGUUUAAAUUUGAUUUCAAAACACUUAUAAAAAAAAUUUUUACAAAAUAUGGUUUCUUGUCGUUUUUUAAUUGGAGCCAUAUUUGUGCUAGAAAAAAUAAUGAAAUUGUGAAAAUAUCUUAUUUUUUCCCUAGUUAAUGGUAAAUCAAAAAAUGACCUAUGUAUUUACCAAGUAGAUAAAAUUGAAUUUCAGAAAAAGUGCUACACUUAUACACUGGAGAAAGUUUUCUAGGAUAAAAAUGGCCUACAGUAUGUAUAAAAAAUAAAAUAAAGUACCAUUGUAUAAAAAUUAAAAAAAGAAAAAAAGUAAUUUGAUUAUUUUGGAAAUUUUACCACGUGUAUUUAUAACCAAAUUUCAUUAAAAAUACUCCCAAAAAUUUAAAUUCCUUAAAAGCUCAAAAGUUUUGGCAAUAAUACCUUAAGAAAGUAAAUCAAAAAGGCAACAAAAAAAGUGUCUUGUGAUUUUCAAUUAAAUAAUUUUUCUGGUAGAAAACGUCAGUGUUUUUAUUAAAUAAUGAAAAUGUAAAAUUGUACGUUUUUUUACGUUUUUUUCCCACUUAACUGCUUUUAUUUAAAAAAUGAUGUCAGAAAUCAAAAAUGACCUCUUUAAAGUAUAUAUAUAUAUAUAUAUAUAUAUAUAUAGACAACUUUUACAAAAGGUGUUACACGUAAAAAUCGGAGCAAGUUAACUAGGAGAAAACUAGUCGGUUGGAAACCGCUGGUCUAUAGUAUUAACAAUUUUUUCUAAAUUAUUACUGGAAAUAUAAUAAUAGAAAUAAAGUGAACUAAAUUAAAUAAUUAACAAUACAACUAAGUAAAAGUAAAACAUCAUAAAACUGAAUGUAUUUUAUAUCCAAUUUUUAAGAAUAUUUUUAAAAUUGUAGAGAUUUAAAUAUAAUUAUAAAUGUAUUUAUUGUAUAUUGAGGUUUAAAACAAGAAAUUAUUUUCCAUCCAUAACUGCUAUGAAAUAGUCUGUAUCCAAUCUCCAUAAAAUACUAUUAUCAUUAGUAUUUAAAGUGGAACAAUACACAAACUUAUUAUUAAAUUUCCAAUUACAAUAAAUUAAAAUUUUCAGAAAAAUGUCUUCCCCCCAACACCAUGACAAAAUCAUUUGACCACUAGUGAACUGUUUAUCAAUUGUAAGACUUGCUUAUUUAUUUUAUAUGAUAUACUCUUUGAAUAGGUUGAUAAGUUAAGACAUUUUAGUACAGUUAGUUAAAUUAUAGUUCAGAUUAAAUAAAAUAUAAUUAUACUUCUUCAGGUUUAAUUCUAAAUAAUUGUUAUUUUACCAAUUUUGAACUUCAUCCAAUGAAUAAUAACCUCAUCAAUAAAAAAAAAGACUGACAUACUUCCAGAGCUGCCACUUAUGCACUAUUAUUUACUUUAUCAACUUUUUUAUUUAUUUAUUUAUUUUUAUUUAAUGAUAUCAUUUGACUAUGUUAAAAGUGAUUUUAAGUGAUAACUUCUGUGACAGACUAGUCUGUAAAUAAUAUCUGUUUUAAAUGACUAAUAGUAAAAUGAAACCUAGAAUAAAUGGAAUGUUGUACACUCAAAAACUUAGUUUUGUAGUAUUAAAAAAAAAAAAUUUUAAUAAAUAUAUUAAAAUUAAAAACUUAAAAAUAAAUAGUUUUAAUUCUAGAAUAUAAUUUAUUAUUUCAAAAAAAAAUUUUCAUUCACUUUUUUAAACAAUUUCUUCAUUAUAAUCACUUUUUACAGCCAUGUACUUAGUGCUACUGCUGCACAUAUAAUAUUUAAUAUUUAUUAUUAAAAAAAGGAUGGACAUACUUCGCACGUGGGUGCAGCUACUGUUGUAGGUGGGAAAUUGGGAUGGUAAGAUAUAAACAGGAAAUUAAUGUAUAUCUGUAAGCAACAAUCAACGAUUGCUAACAAAAAAUGAUUCUGAGCUGAGUUCAGUUGAUAGUUUUGCUCUUUCAACAAUAUGUAUUUUGAUAAAAUAAAAACGUAUUCAUAAAACAUUUUCUUUAAUAAUAUUUGUUUAAAAUUAUUCUAUUCUCUUGGUUUUUCCCAGUGUUCCCCAUUUAUUGGAAAAAUCAAAAAAUUACCUUCUUAAAGUAUCUCUCCAAUCAGAUUUUCUUUCUGAAAAAGUGCUACUCUUAUAAAUUGGAACAAUAUUUCUGAUAGAAAAGUUGUUUAUAGAUAAAAAAAGAAUAAACAACAUUGUAAAACCAUAAGCUUCUUCGCUCUACUCAGAAUCUAAAAUCAAUAUUCCGGUUAUUGAAAAGUAAUACAGUAUCAUAAACAAUAUAUAUUUUAUUUAAUUAAUUACUUUUAGCUCUUUUGAUUACAAUAUUAGGUACAUUUUUGUAUUUAUUAUACAAAGACAUUGAAGUCAUAUUGGAUAAAUUUUAAAUUUUCUGAACAUACAUAUUUUCUCUGUUCAAUAGAAACAAUACCUCUUAAGUUGGAACUUUUUCUUAAAUUGUAAAAAAUUAUCUGUAUUACCACUUGGAUCCAAGUGGCUUUAUAGUUAUAUUAAUGUACUCAUUGUACUGUUAUUCAUAUUGAAAAUAAUCUGAAGACAAUGUUUUGCAGACUACAAAACUCUGGUUUUUGAGUAAAAGCACAUAUUAUAAAAUUAAAAGAAGAAAAUAUUCCUAAGGGCAAGACAACAUGUUUAUCUUUUAAUUUUUAGUCAUUUAAAAACUGAUGAAUUAGUUUUUAUUUUUGAAUGUUGUAUUCAAGAUUAUAUUAAAAAGAAUAAUAAUUGAAAUAAUAGGAAAAACACAUUGAAUUAUCUUCUUGUAAUUUUAUAAUAAGUGUUUUUAUUUUAAAAACAAAAUUAAGCAAGUUCUACACAGUUUACAUAAGAUAAAAAAAUUUUUGCUAUAUUGCCCAUUAGUAGUUGGACUGAAACAAAACAUGCUGGUAUAAAAUCCUCCUAACUGAAUUUACAUUAGAUAUGAGAUUUAUCUAAAAAUGUAUAACUUGAUACUUAUCCCUAAUAAAAAUAAUAGAUUUUUAUUAACACAUAGACAGUUGAAGAUUGAUAGUUAUAAAUUGAGAUUAGCAGUUAUAGGAGAAAAAUUGACAAAAUGUGCACAAAAAAAAAACCCUAAAAUAUGCAUACAAAGUUUACAUUCUGUUAGAUACUUGUAAUAAAUUAAUACCACUUAUAUUCUUAUCAUAUAUACAAAAUUGAUUAUUAAUAAUAUUUAAACUAUUUAAAUAAUUCAUGAUUAAUAUUAGAUAAUAUAAGUUAUUUAUAUUUUACUAUAUUUAUUAAAUAUGUUCAGUUAACUUUUUACAUUGGUAAAUUGGUAACUUCAAAAAAGUUAUAGGAACUACUUUUAAUUUUUACUACUGUUUUAUUUAAUUUCAGUUUUCAAGCCUCGUUAUUUUCGUGUUAAUACAUUAAUGACUACAGUUGAAGAUAUACUAAAGAAAUUAUAUGAACUUAAAUACCAAAAAUUGAAAACUCCAAAUUCUUAUUCAAAAUUUUUGGAAUUGAUCAAGUCUAAACAAUUCAAACCAAAUACUUUUGUUCAGGAUAUACAUAUUAAGGAAUUAUUUGUUUUUCAUCAAAAAGUAAAGUUUUAUGAACUUGAAGAAUAUAAUAAUGGUUCUCUAAUUAUUCAAGAUAAAGUAAGAAUAAUUUUUUUGACAAUAAUUCUAAGACAAAUUUAUUAGCAAAACAAUAACAUAAAUUAAAAAUAAUAUUUAAUACAUAUAUUAUUUGUGUUGGUAAACUUCAAUUAUAAUAAUAAGUAAUAAUAUAUAUCAAUAAGUAUUAUUUUUAAUACUUAUACUUGGAUCCUAAAUGACUUGUAGCAUUUGCAUACUUCAAUAUAAUAAUUUGUAUCAGACAUGUCCUGUUUACAAGCGUUUUGUGUAAAAAGUUAUUUACAGAUGGCACAAGUUUUGUAUAUUAUAAUGGGAUUCUAGUAUCCAGUACCACAAAAUAUCUAGUCUAAAGAGGCCCUAACAGUGUAUUUUAAUAAAUCUUUAUUAUAUCAAAUAAUUAAAUAUACAUAGAUAGAUUUAUAAUUUAUUUACAGUUUUCAGUUUUAUUUGAUAAAAAAUCCAUAAUAUUAUUAGCAUAACAAGCCGUAAAUUAUUCAUGAGUUCUGCUUUUUCAAUAUUCUAUUUUCAAUAAUGUGGUGUUUGAUAAUUAUUCUUGCUGAAUUCCUCAAUUCAUUCAUUAAAUUUUAAUUUGUUCGGUUAUACCACAAUUAGUAAUACUUUUUAAAAAUAAUUAAUAAUCAAGUACUUAUGGAAAACUACUGCUUGUAUAAUAAUAUUUUAUUAUUAAUAAUUAUCUUCUAGUUUGAAUUUUAGAUUUGGAACUGAGCAAGGGAGCUAUUGGUUUACUAUAAUAGUUUUUUUUUCUGUCUAAACAACUUAUCGAAAAGAAAACUUCCUCCAAUCAAAAAAUGAGGAGACUUUUUUUUUCAUUUUAAAUCAAGUUAGUGCAUUAGAGAUGUCAUUUUUUGAUUUUUCAAGUGGUUUUCUACCAAGUAGAUUUAGAGGUUUAAGAAUCUGUUCAUUAUUUACAAUCUAAACAAGGUAUAUUGUAAUAAAAACAAAAAAAAUGCAAUUGUAUUUUAAAUAGUUCUUUUAUACUGUCAAAUGUAUGAACUUGUGUUAGAUAACCAAAGUGACUUUUUAUUAUCUAUUAGACCCUAUUGCAUACUGAUAUUUACUUAUAAAUUAUAUUUAAACAGACCAUGCUGGUUUCUUUGAAAAAGUGAUUAGUUUUUCAUAAUUUAUAAAUAUUUUUGUAAUUAUUGAUUUAAAUGGUACCAUUAUAAUAAAUAAUAAAAUACAAUAUUUGUAUUGUUUAUUAUUUUUUUUUUAAAUUAAUAAUUAAAAUUUUUUCAGUACAAAUAGUUUUAGUAACGAGUUCUGGAAAUGCAGAAAGAUUUCAUUCCUUGAUUACUCUCAUUUAUGCCACUGGACAUACUUUUAUUAGUUCUAUUAAAAUAUACUAGGAACACAUAAUAGGCAUUUAAUAUUUAUGAAAUUUGAAAUUUUUUGUUUUAACUAAAAUUAAAUUAAAACAAAAUUAUUAGUUAUAUUAAAGUGAAAAGUUCUUUAAAUUUAAAAAUUUACAAAUUUAUUCACAUAAUAUGCACAUUCAAUAUUAUCCUUAUAAUAUUAAAAUAAAUAAUAUCAUCAUAUGCAUAUUUUACAUAUCUGUUUCGUUGCACAAAAAAAAUUAAAAAACUAGAAUAUGCAACAUAAUCCCUUGUGUUAUGUGUUUAAAAAUAACUCAAAGAAAAAUUAAAUUGACCUUUAAAUGGAUCUGUAAAUUAUAUCUUUUUUUUAUUUUUCAAGUUAUUAUUGAUAGUAAUUUUGUAUUUCAGGCAAGCUGUUUGGCAGCUUAUUUAUUAAAUCCAGAACCAGAAAGUACUGUAUUGGAUAUGUGUGCUGCUCCUGGAAUGAAAACUUCUCAUAUUGCUUCUAUAAUGCAAAAUAAAGGGUAAGGUGUAAUGUUUUAUAAGGUAUUUAAUUUGCCUCAUAAUAUUGUUUUGUUUAUACAAUUAUUUGUUUUAUUAUUUCAGACCUUAUUGAAUUUUUCUAAAGAAAUUUUUCGAUCAUUUAAGAAUCAAUAAUAACUGUCCUAGUUUUUUUUUUAUAUUAUAACAAUAUUAAUAAUUUUAUUCUUUUUUUCUUUGCAGUUGAUAUUUGUUUAAUAUAAAGAUCCAGAAUUUUUUUAAAUAUUUUUUUGUUAAGUUUUUAUAAUAAUGCAAAGGAAUUAUAUCUUCUUUAUAUAAAUUUGAAUAUUAAUACAUACAAAUGUAAAACUAUGUGAAGAUAACUGACAACUUUAGUUAACUAGUUGCUCAGUCUCUUAGUUUCCCCACAAAUGCAUUUUCUUUUGUGCUAGUAGGGUCUAAUAGUGCUUCACUACUCUCCUACCCAAAUUUAAGAUUGAAAAUACUUGAUUAUUCACUUUUUAAAAUAUCUAUGUUGGUUUAGCUCAAUGAUGUACCGGAGUAGUAUAUAAAUUAUUUUGUAAUUUGCACAUAUUGUUCUUUAAACUAAUUGUUCAUUUUAGAAAUCUUCGAAGUAGAAAUUGGAUUAUUUUUUUGGUUGGUUGGCGCUUUGAAAUAAGGGAAUUAGUUUUAAUUAUAAUCUUAUUAACAAAAGAACAAUUUUUGAUUUUAAUAGUAAUUACUAUUAUAAAUGUACCUAUAGAAACAAAACAUUUGGAAAACUCAAUUUUAAUUCCUUAAAGUUAUUGAAAAUAAAUGCAGUAUACCUGAUCCUAUUCAGUAAAAUUAAUUUUUCUGUUUGGCAUUCAUUUUUUUUUUAUAAUAUUUUUUAGUAAACUCUAUGCUGUUGAUCGCUGCUUGGAUAGAUUUAAUAUAUUGGAAAAUAUGCUACAAAAUUAUGGUGUUAAAAAUGUGGAGACAUUUAAUAUGGAUGCUUUAAGUUUUCCAUAUGUUGAUGAUGUUAAAUACAUAUUAGUUGAUCCCUCAUGUUCUGGUUCAGGUAAAUGCAAUAUUUUGUUUUUAUUAUAUUAUUAUAUGUAGUGGAAUGUAAUUAAUUUUAAGGAAAAAGGAUUAGGCAACUUAUGUGAUGGACACAUACAAGUUAUGUCUAUGUGUCAAUGUGUCAGAAGUAUGGAUAAGUCCACUGGGAUAAAUAUCUGGGACAUUGGGAGUUUUAACCUUUUCUUUUUUUUUUUUUAACAAAAUGUGCUUUGGUGUGGACCAUAAAAGUUUAAUUUCUCCUAGGCUGUCUUUAAUCUACCUACCCAGAAAAAUAAAAUUUAAAAUAAUAAAAGAAUCACCAAAUAAUUAUUUAUUCUUAUAUUCUUAAUAAGGAUAAAUAAAUUUAUUACCUUUUGGUGUAUAAUCAGUUUAUUGUCCAUAAUAAAUGUGUGGCACUGACCAUGUUUUAUUUGGACAUAUAGUUGUAUUUUUACAUGUAAAUGUUGGAACACUUUUGGGCAUAUAAACAUAUAUUUUAUAAUUUAUAAACAACUGAAAAUCAUUAACUAACAGUCUAUGAGAUAAGCUAUUUUAGGUACAUUAUAGGUAUUGAUACAUUAGGAUAUUACAUAGCAGACUUAAAAAUGUAUAACCACCAGGGUUACUAAUAUUUUACAGUUAAACUCCAUAACUUUUCAAUUUGUAUAAGUUUUAUUGAAUCCAAUGUGAACUUAGGACUUUCAUUUGCUACGUCCUUGACAUUUGAUACUAUCGCGCUAUUCCAUUAUUAUCCAUGGUCUCAAAUAUAGCUAAGUGUUCAAAACCGAAAAUAAAAUGCUGCUGCAAUAAAGAAUAUGUAUCCCUAAAUAUUUAUCUAUCCAAAAAUUUGUUUGCGAAAAUUAUGCUUCCGUGGAACUAUGUACUUAAAAACUUAGGACUGGAAGAACAGUUUUUCCAUAUAAGAUAAAAGUGAUACAGCAGACUUAAACAAAUUUUCACCCCAUAAUGAUUUUUAAUUUGGCAAGACAAAAGAAAAACCUAGAUCAUAAACUUUGUUUCUGUAUUUCAUUCUCCUGCGUACAACAUAGAUUUGUGUCGGGUGUUGUAGAAGCCCAUGUUAAUUCAACACUAGUUGACAGCUGCUUUUGUGUUAUUAAAUCUAAUAAAACCAAUUGUUACAUGGUGAUGUUAUAUCUUACAAAGCAUUCAACAUAGUUGGUUACAAACAUCAAACACAUUGAUCAGUUAUUAUCAAUUCCGGCUUCACUGCAUACAAUGUACAUUGAUAACCACACUUAUAACCAUCAGCUCAACAAAAAUAAAUAUUAUCUAAAAGUAUUUCUAUAAAUCGUAGGGUCCCACAAAGAUCUCCUUUAUCUUUGACUAUCUUCAAUUUUUGCCUUUCAUCUUGAAACAAAUCACAGAUCAUGGAUGUCCUGAUAUUCAUGGGUUUUAAAUAACUCCUGAGCUAGAGAAGAUUAUUGCAAUAGUCUUUGCCAAUGACAAUGUUGUAGUCACCAAGAAUAAUCUAUCUAAAUCUUUCUGCAUUAAUGUACAAAGAGUUUUAGACUGAUCCAUAACACUGAGUGUCAAUAUCAGGUGCACUGAGAGAUAUAUGAUGGGACCAACACUCAAAAUAGAAGAGUAGGCCGUGAUCUCAUUUUAUGUCCCAUCUAUUAAUAGUAUUAUCAGUAUAUCAGUGGACAAAGAAAAAAAAAAGAAAUUUACAAUAGCACAUUAUGACAGAACCCAAAGAGAAGUUACAGGUUUUGUAGUUUGAAGCCAGAGGAAUGGCUUUGUCAUUGCUAGUUCUUCAAAGUGAUUAGUCAUGCAGAUGAAGAACUGCAAAAGAUAUGUCUUUGAGUACUGAAGGGUACAUUAGAUAUUAUCAUUUAUUAAUGUCCAUCUCUAUUUUUUAUACAUGUAUACAUAUUUUAUUUGUGAUUAUUUAUUUAUUUACUUAUUUCUUUAUUUAUCUAUGUGUAUUUGUAUUAGUAUAUUGUGUCACCUAAUGGCAACCUAUGAAUACUUGGCAACUUUAACUUUUAUUAAAAUAAAAUAUUAUCUCUCUCUAUACUAGUGAUGCAUAAAAUAUCAAAAAAAAUUGUUUGACCUAAUAUAAAUUUAGCUAUCAAAUAUGUUAUGAAAAGCCAUUGUUUAACCAAUGUUAAAAGAUCAGUUACAAUAUCUCAGCGUUGCCAACAUAUAUACAUUUUAAUAGUAUCACUUACACCAGUUGUUAAGUACCUAGUUAAAUCUUCGUUUGGACCAAAUAAAUUUCAGUUAAAUUAUUUUCAUAAAUAUAUAUUAUAAACAAAUAUAGUUUUUUAUAAGUUACUUUUUCACUUCUCUAGUUUUUCAUGGUUUCUUUAUGUAUACAUUUAAUAAUGCAGGUGAUAAAUUACAUCCUACAUCUUGUAUCUUUUAUGUUCACUCUUUAUUAUGGCUAUUUCUUUUAUAGAAUAUAGUUUAUGUAUUAUUCUUUACUAUAUUGAAAAGUUUUUCCUAGCUUGCACAAAAAACUUUUAGUUUGUCUAUAUUUUGUAAUUAUAUUUCCAUUAUUGUAUACUAAUUAAAUUAAUAAUCUGUUUCAGGUAUUGUUAAUAGAGUUAGAAAUGAUUCAAUUGGACAAAAUCAAAAUUUUCAAAUAAGAUUAAAAAAAUUAGCCAAUGUCCAUGCUCAGUUACUAAAUCAUGCAUUGAAAAACUAUCCAAAUUUAGAAAGAUUAGUUUAUUCCACUUGUUCAGCAAAUCCAGAAGAAAAUGAAGCAGUGGUUGAUGAAGCAUUGUCAGUUAAUGGAAAAUUUAAACUUUUGGAUUGUACUAAAAUAAUUAAAGGAUGGAAAAAUAAAGGAAGUCCUGGUUAUGACUGUUCAGAUAUGUGUCUUAAUGCUGUCCCCAAUGUUGAUUAUACCAAUGGAUUUUUCAUUGCAGUUUUUGUUCGUCGUGAUUUUGAAGAGAAAGUCCAACUUAAUGUUGAAAUUAAUUCAGUUGAUGGUGAUGUAGAAAGUAAUGCAGAUGAUGUUGAAAGUGAUUCAAUAUUGGGUAUCAAAACCAAUGAAAAUCCAAAGAUAAACAAACCUGAAGUAACCAAAGUUAAAAAAAGUAAAAAUGCUAAAAGAAAAGAAAGGAGGUUAAAACAGUCAUCGGGACUUGAAAAAUCAGAUUUAAAACAAUUAUCUAAGAAAAUUAAGAAAUUUAAAAAAUCAAAAGAUCUUAAACAAUUAGAUCCAAAGCAAUUGAUUGAAAAAGUUAAAAAACCAAAAAAGUUAGGUCCUGAACAAUCACAUUCAAAACAAAUACCUGAAAAAAUAGUAAAGAAAUCAAAAAAAAGUGAAGAUCUUGAACAAUCAGAUUCAAAGCAACUGAUCGAAAAAGUUAAGAAACCAAAAAAAAUAAAAAGUCUCGAACAAUCACAUGAAAAAAUAAAGAAACCAAAAAAAAUUAAAAAAAUAGAAUAAUUAUUUGUUAUAGUUGAAUUGUGUUUAUUACUAUUAUACUAAUAAAUGAUUCAAUUAUUUUUUA